AUGAAGCCCGAAUACGACUAUCUUUUCAAAUUGCUGCUCAUCGGCGACUCUGGCGUCGGUAAAUCUUGUCUCCUUCUGCGAUUUGCGGACGACACCUACACAGAGAGUUACAUCAGCACGAUCGGCGUCGACUUUAAGAUCCGAACGAUCGACCUGGACGGCAAGACGGUGAAGCUUCAAAUUUGGGACACCGCCGGCCAGGAGCGCUUCCGGACGAUCACCUCCUCGUACUACCGCGGCGCGCACGGUAUCAUCAUUGUCUAUGACGUCACGGAUAGAGAGUCCUUCAACAAUGUCAAGAACUGGAUGAUGGAAAUCGACAAGUACGCGAUGGAAGGCGUCAGCAAGCUGCUGGUUGGCAACAAGUGCGACUUGACGUCGAAGCGCGUGGUCACCUACGAGGAGGGGAAAGAAUUCGCAGACAGCUGCAACAUGCGAUUCAUCGAGACCUCCGCGAAGAACGCGCACAACGUCGAGCAGGCCUUCCACAUCAUGGCGGGCGAGAUUAAGGCGCGUGUGCAGGUCAACCAGCAGCAGAGCCGGCCGAACGCGAACGUGCGGAUCGGACCCAGCCAGCCCGUUCGCUCCGUCUCCUCGGGAUGUUGUUAA